AUGCUGGCCUACUCGAUCUUCACCGACCCCCACCACCUUAUUGACACUCACCACUUGGCUCUGGUGAAAAUCGGCAUGACGACAGAGUCCGGCGAUGUUGAUACCCGCAUCAACCACUACCCCAAAGUUGAUGAGGCUGUCUACCAUUUGAAAUUGAUUAAGGCUUUUUUGGCGUUAAAGCAACGCAUCUUGAAGCACUCGGAAAACCCAGCUCUCGACUGGCGACGCUACCUUCAGUUGGCUCUGCGUCGGUAUCUUGCCUUUGUGCUGGCGUUACGAAACUAUCUCGACAAGGAGCCUCGAUUAACGCCCAUGGACGAACGCCGAGCUUACGAGCUGGGGCUCAACUUUAGCGGCAAUCAAUUGGCGAAGCUUGAUAGCUUCUACCCGCCACUUGAUGUACUUUUAGUGUGGUAUUCGUUUAUGAUGAACCCAACACUGUUUUACGAUAAUUUUGUCAUUGGUAAGUUUGUUCGCAUGAUCUUUUACCCGUUCCCGCUUCGUCGAGUCUGUGACGCGAUAGACAAUCACACUUUUGGCUACUCACCCUCCAUUGACGCCUGCUACGCUUACGUUGACUUGCUUUAUCUGUACCUGAACGACCCUACGGAUCUCCAUUACCACACCACUUUAGCCUCGAUUAAUGAGGUCAAAAUGCACGUGCGGUGUCCGCUUUGUACCCAGGUACUUGUCACCGAUAUCCUGUUGACUAAUGAGGACGGUACCGGGUUUAGCGACACAGGUUUUUGCAUUGAGCAGAAUGCCAACUCCAAAUGCAAUUGUCCUUUUAAUCGUACCUUGACCCACGAAGAGUUGAGAAAGCGAGUGCUUUUCAAGUAUUUGGACGACAAGAUUUUCUUCAUGGGCAUCACCAAAUAUUAUUCGAAGUUGUUUCAUGCCUCUAAGGGGUCACUCGAUGGACGUAUUCGAGCACUGAUCAAGAAGCUGGGGGUGUCGACUGUCGACCUGUUCCGAGUGCUUACCAUGGACAAAAUCAUUGACCACGCGAAAAUGGAUGCAAUUCUGCGCCGAGAAAACGACUUGGUGCAGAUCAUCGAUCAGAUUUUGGGAGUGUAUCGCCGCUACGAUCUCACGUUUCUCACUCUUCCGAAACUGAUUCAUCAAUGGGAAAACCUUCCCGAUCUUGUGCUCAAGCAAGAACCGUUCAUGGAGCAAGUCGCAGCGCAGGGGUGGACCGAAAGCAUAUAUUGCAAGGAGAUUCUUACAGAGUCGGCCAUUCGCUACAUGCAGUUUUAUCUGCUUGGCAUCGACAAACUGAACCGUGAAACCGUGCUCGUACCCACGCUAGACAUCGACUUGUUUUACCGCACUCAUCAUUUGUCGCUAUUAUACUAUCUCCAGCUUUCGAAGACGACAACUCGGUGGAUGCUCGAACCCCAAGACGUUUCCCCAGGUUUUGAUCUUACUCAAUGGUUUCAGACCACAGCGUUGAAAUUUCGCAAUCGGUUCCAGCAACAAUACCAGAUCUGCUAUUGCGAUCAGUGUGUGCUGCUGCGGCAUAAUAUGCAACGACAAGACGAGGUUUCGGGUGUUGUCGCCCCUCCGCCUUAUUCUACCGUCGACCCCAUUGAAGCCAACAUGCCUGCGCUGCUUGAUCCCAGCAAACAAGUACGGCUGAAUAAGCUAAAGCAUGCCAUUGCAUUUCUCAACCGUCGUCUGCCGACUCAAGAUACUGGUCCGGCGUGCUCAUUGGAGUAUAAUCGAAUGGUGGGGCCAUCACCCCGUGCGGUGACUAUGAACUUAGGAGAUCGGUCAUACUUAAAGCUGAGCUAUCCCAUCAAACAAUUCUACGAUGCAUACUAA